AAUUUAGCACAUAGUCACAAAGGCCUCUCUUUCAACCCACCCCCUUCUUCUUCCUCAACCAUUUCACCAUUCUUUUUCCACAGCCAUUUAUUAGAUUCCUUCAAUGGUCCUUUCUUCUCCAUUGGAUUUCGCUGAUUCUUAACCAAAAAACCCAUCUCAAUUCCUUCAUUUCCUCUUGAUUUUACCCUUUUUUUCUCUCAUUUUUUUUGGACUUUUGAACAUAUAACUCUUCUGGGUUUUUUCUGCCUUCCUUUUUCUUUCUGCAAAUUUUUCCCUUCUGGGUUUGUUGUAGACAGCCCUCUUUUUGUAACCCAGGUGUAUAUGCUUACAGAUUUUUAACAAAACAAUCAUAUUUCUUAAUUUUUCUUGAUUUUUUUCCUUUUUUUGUGAAUAAAUAAGUUAUUUAAGUCAAAGUUUCUUCGAAUUUUCUCUUGAACCAAAUAUUUAAAUAAAUAGGAAAAAGAACACAAAAAAAGGGAAAAAGAGAGUGAUAUGGGAAAGCAUGGACCUUGCUGUCACUGUGGAGUUACAAGCACUCCUCUUUGGCGUAAUGGACCUCCUGAUAAACCGGUAUUAUGCAAUGCAUGCGGAUCUCGAUGGAGGACUAAAGGAACGCUUGCAAACUAUACCCCUUUGCAUGCUCGGGCCGAUCCUGAUGAAUAUGAAGAUCACAGGGUUUCUAGGGUGAAGAGCAUUUCAAUAAAUAAAAACAAAGAAGUUAAACUGCUGAAAAGAAAGCUGCAACAAGCAGAUGGAUCAAUUGGGUGGAUGAUUCCCGAUCAGGGUCAGGGUUACCAUAGAGUAGUGGAUGAAGAUACGAGCAAUAGAUCCAGUUCUGGAUCGGCCAUAUCUAAUCCUGAGAGUUGUGCCCAUUUCAGCAGUGCAGAUGCAAGUGAUUUGACAGGUCCAUCUCAGUCAAUAGUGUGGGAGUCCAUGGUGCCUUCCAGGAAGAGGACCUGUGUGAAUCGUCCAAAGCAGUCCCCGGUUGAAAAAUUAACUAAAGAUCUAUAUAGUAUUUUACGUGAGCAGAGAUCGUCCUACUUCUCUGAAGCUUCCGAGGAUGAUCUGCUUUUUGAGAGUGAAAAACCUAUGGUCUCUGUUGAGAUAGGUCAUGGAAGUAUUCUCAUUAGGCAUCCAAGCUCGAUAGCUCGAGAAGAGGAAUCUGAAGCUAGCUCAGUUUCAGUUGAUAACAAGCAAUGCUUGGUAAAUGAGGUCUAUUCACCCCAUUCUUCAACUGUUCUUGUAUGUAGUGAAAACAAGGGCAUGAAUUUUCCAACAUCUAGGACUGGAAAGAUGAAGAAUGUUUAUGGAUCAGGAGUACAGCAAGAACAGAUUAAAAGGGACGAUUCUCUUCACGAAUGCUUACAAAUGCUUGGAAACCAUAAAUCACCCUUAUGUGAUGUAGAUAUAAAUGACAUUAUAAACUUUGGAGAGUUUGCGAGACAACUAACAAAUGAAGAACAGCAGCAAUUAAUGAAGUACCUACCACAGGUUGAUAUUGCUGAAUUUCCGGAGACCCUCGAGAGCAUGUUUAAUAGCCCCUAUUUCAAGGAGAAUUUAACUUCCUUCCAACAACUGCUUAGCGAGGGUGUUUUUGAUGCUUCCUUCCUUGGAACAAAGAUUGAAGACUGCAAGACUCUUAAAAGGCUUGUAUUGUAUAAUUCUUCAAAAUCGAAAUGGGUCGAAAGCUAUCAUCAACUUAAGAAAUGUAAAAAUGGUAGCAAAGGACCUUUUCUUUCCCAUGCCAAUGCGUCGGUGUCGAGUAACUUCAUGAAUGUUAAGCAAUUGCGUGAGAGCUACAAUCAGAAUAUUUCAGAGGUAAAGACCAUCAUGAAGAGUCCCAAAAGGUUGGUGAUGAAGGAAAAUAAGGAUCCUGGAAAGAAUGAUGGAUCUUGCUUCAGCCCUAGAAGCUUAUUUGCUUUGCCUCCUGAUGGAAGCUCCCUCAUGCUUGAAUCCUUACGUUUCGUCGAAGAAAGUUCAGAUCAAGAUCUAUUGCUAGAUGUACGGUCAAAUAGUUCAUUCCCACAAGCGGAGCUCCUUCACCCGACCUCUCAUUCUGGUGGUAGGCAGGCUAGCACAUGUAGUAGCUCAGUCCACCCACAUCUUGUUCAUCACUAACAACUGUAUUUCGAUUUCAUUACAAGUGUACCUUCUGCUUUUAGCUAAUAGCGAUGGCUUGGACUCGCAUACUUUGCAUUGUAAAAGAAAACUCGGUAAAUGAGGUCGAAUGGCAACUUUUUCGUUUCACCCUUGAAGUUCGAAUGGUCGAAACAUGAAUUUGGGUGGAAAUUUUUGUAUAGACACUAGAUUUGUAAUAUAUAUACACUUGAAUUUUAUGUAUUGAAGAAUUGAUAGUUACAAGAUCUUUGUAUGCAAAA